AUGACACCAAGGACCAUCACUGAGGAGAGAAACUUCGUAUGCGUCACGACGGUAACAUCCUCGAUGUCUUAUCAGAUCCACCUGUCGUUCUGCCUGUUGCUCGACUGGUCCUGUAUGAAAUUCGACUGUCUCCUUAACGGCGGGGAAGAACGAUUGUUGUGGGCUUUUCGUUUGGCCGUAAACUCGUCCUCAUACGAUUUGCUCUUCCUCCCAAUGCCCAUGGCGAUGGUCCUCUUGAAUCCAAACGAGGCGAGCGUUUCUGCAGGUUUCUUCCCGACGCGAAAAGAAUCUACUACCUCUGAUCUGCUCUCAUAUUCCAUCCUGGAAAAGCGAUCAUCUACAGCGACCAGCAGCGAUCACCUGCAGCGACCAACGAUCCCCUGCGACGACCAACAGCGAUCAUCUACAGCGACCAGCAGCAUCACCUGCAGCGACCAACGAUCCCCAGCGACGACCAACAGCGAUCAUCUACAGCGACCAACGAUCACCUGCAGCGACCAACGAUCACCUGCGAUGGCCAACAGCGAUCAUCUACAGCGACCAGCAGCGAUCACCUGCAGCGACCAACGAUCACCUGCACGACCAACAGCAAUCAUCUGCAGCGACCAGCAGCGAUCACCUGCAGCGACCAACGAUCACCUGCGACGACCAAAAGCGAUCAUCUACAACGACCAGCAGCGAUACCUGCAGCGAUCAACGAUCACCUGCGACGACUAA